ACGCUUUUACUGUCGCGUUGAUAUCGUGUUUUUGUGUUCUCUGGUUCUCGUUCCAUCUCUUCACUGUUCUGUCUCCCACAUGUUCUUCGACUCCUUUUCUUCCUUCACCGCACGUCCUUAUAUUUUCUUGAAUUCUUUCGCCCCCCUCCUGUUUUUCCACUUGCCCUUAUGAAGUGAUCUUCUGAAGACCACAACAAUGAGCUUCAGAAAAAUCCAGAAACAAGUAAAUGGGAGGUGCACUGUAGUUGGCAUGGCGCAAAGGCGGUAUCAUUUUGCAAACUAAACGAGGCAGCUACUAACGUUCUACAGAUUGCUUUCGAGAUGGGCGUUCUGUUGAGGACUGGGGUCUCUUGGACCCUGAGGAAGGUCGUGCUUUUGGUGUUCGGCCUCGGGUGCGUCUUGCACUUCCUUUUAGGGGGGCAGGAGGACAUAAUUGACAUGAUGAGAAGAAACAGGGCGCCGGUACAUGUCUGUCCCUGCCACGGUUCAAAGGAGGAGACUGUAGAGGAGGAAACCGUUAAAGAAACGACAGUGAAGGCUGACUGGAGGAACUUGAGCACUGAAGAACUGGGAAACCUAUCUGUGCUGGGAAGGUAUUUAUACCUAGAGGAACCCCUUGGCACCCCUAAAGAUAGAACAUUUUUAAUCCUCAUAUGGAAGAAGGGAUUAUAUAUGGAACAACGCUUUGUGAAUGAGUUCACGUCCGAGAAGAAGGACCCCUUUGCGCGGUGCUCCGUCAGGAACUGCAAGAUGACAUACGAGGAUGAGGACGUCAGAAUCGCUGACGCCGUCGUGUUCCACCUCCACACAACGCCGGGGCCGCACGACUUUCCCAACCGAACUAGGGCCUCGCAGCGCUGGAUCUGGCUCACUGACGAGAGCCCCUUUCACACCUUCAUGCUCGCCCAAGACAAAGACAUUAGCCACUACAACGGGUACUUUAACUGGUCUAUGUCCUACAGGAUGGACAGUGACAUCCCAGUGCCUUACGGGAGGACUCUCAAGCUAGCAGAGAGCGAAAGAUCAAAUAACACCGUCGAUUACUUCAGCACAAAAUCGAAAGUCGUAGCUAUCAUGGCGUCAAACUGUGGGGGUCCGAACAGCAGAUGGGAGUACGUGCAUGAACUCGAGAAGCACAUUGACCUGGACAGCUACGGGGGCUGCGGAAAUCUGAAAUGUCCGGGACACUUCGGUGUGGACUGCCCAGCUCUCAACCAGUAUAAAUUUUACUUGGCUUUCGAAAACAGCAACUGUCCAGAAUAUAUCACAGAAAAGGUCUGGUGGAAUGCAUUUCACAAGGGAGCAGUGCCUGUGGUGAUGGGAGGACCCGUGGAAUCCUACAGGAAGAUCCUACCUCCGAACUCCUUCUUGCAUAUCGACGACUUCGAAACACCUAAAGACCUUGCAAAACACAUAAAAGCACUGUCCGAGAAUUCUACCGCCUACAAUCACUUCCACGCUUGGCGAAGGGAGUUCCGAGUCUCUAACGAACACGCCUACUUCCAAUCUCCGAUUUACCAUUACUGCCGGAUAUGCGAGGCCCUGAAUUACAACGAUCCGAAGCCAAAGGUGUACAAUCGGAUGCAGGAUAUUUGGAAGGUAGACGGGCAUUGUGUUCCGCCGGCUUGGAUGGACAGAUGGAGUAAGGUUAACGGGUAAUGGGUAUUUCAUAAUGUAUGCACACACACACACACACACACACACACACACACACACACACACACACACACACACACAAACACACACACUUGUUAUAAAUAUAUAUAUAUAUAUAUAUAUGUUUAUAUAUUAUUUAUCUGUUUAUAUUUAUUCACUUUCCCUAUUAUGAUACUUUUUGUUAGUUGUCCAUUUACUUCUUACAUUUAUAGUUGUAAUUAUCUGCUGCAUAAUUAUAGAUGAUAUUUCGAUUUUUUCCCCUACAUCAAUGCAUCCUGAUUAUUUUGUUAUUUUAAUUAUGUUUAUCAUACAUGACUGUAUCAAUGAUGAAAAUGUCAUUGUUUUCCCGAACUGCUGAACAUAAAUAGCGGGUGCGCAACCUAACUUAUCACGUGUCUUUGGUUUGGGAACAUAGAGUAUAAGAUUUCAAUGGGAAUAUAAGUAUGCAUUCGGUAAGGGUCACUGAUUUCGUCAAAUCUAAUAGGCCUUGGGCGAAACGUGUGUCAUAAAGAAGCCAUAUUAUUUCAAAUGGAAAGAAACAGCCACAAGGAAGGAAACACUGAUUUCCAGACGUUUCGGAUAGAAUGCGAUUCCUAAUUUCAUCUUUGUGUGUGCGUUACUGUUUCUAUUUUUGUUAAUUUCUGCCUCAGAAUUUGUUAUUUCAUGUGUUUAGUAUUGUAUUUCAACAUCUGUUGCUGCAUAACCAGUUGUUUUGUACAUUUGUACAAUGUGUAGUUUGAACAUUAGUUUGCGUGCACAUGUGUUCGGAGCUGUUGGAAGUUGAAUUUAUUAAUAGCAUCUGUGUUCUAGUCAUUUGUAAAAUGUUUUAAUAUGACACUACAUGCAUCAAUAAAUUUGGAUAGUCAAUUCCAUACAGUAAAUACAUUUUCUACGUAUUUUCGAA